GACGUGGGUUACGGGCGUUGUUUUGGCUGUAUUGACCGCAUCUUUUGGUGUAACUGGUUAUUCCUUACCUUGGGACCAAAUUGGUUAUUGGACAGUCAAAAUUGUAACAGGAGUACCCGAAGCUAUUCCCGGAAUAGGAUCGUCUGUCGUGGAAUUAUUAAGGGGAAGUGCUAGUGUAGGACAAUCUACCUUGACUCGUUUUUAUAGUUUACAUACUUUUGUAUUACCUCUUCUUACUGCUGUAUUUAUGUUAAUGCACUUUCCAAUGAUACGUAAGCAAUGCAUCUCCGGUCCUUUAUAGAGAAUAUGGAUCCUAGAUAUUUCUAAUCAAUCAUUUUUUAUUUUGGGGAGGAACAAAAGUAUUUCAUUGCUACAAAUAUGGAUUAUUAAAAAAAUAAGACAUGUAUUUGGAUAUUUCCCUGCAACUUAAGACUUAACAAAAUUAGCGUCUUAUUUUUUUAUUUGACAUACAUGAAUAGUUGAUAGUUGAGGGGGAUUCUCCGAAGAAAAAACGGAUUAUGGGAGUAACAAAAAAACCUGACUUGAAUGAUCCUGUAUUAAGAGCGAAAUUGGCUAAAGGAAUGGGUCAUAAUUAUUAUAGAGAACCCGCAUGGCCAAACGAUCUUUUAUAUAUUUUUCCCGUAGUUAUUCUAGGUACUAUUGCUUGUAACGUAGGUUUAGCAGUUUUAGAACCAUCAAUAAUUGGGGAACCCGCGGAUCCAUUUGUAACUCCUUUGGAAAUAUUGCCGGAAUGGUAUUUCUUUCCUGUAUUUCAAAUACUUUGUACAGUGCCCAAUAAGUUAUUGGGCGUUCUUUUAAUGGUUUCGGUACCCGCGGGAUUAUUAACAGUACCCUUUUUGGAGAAUGUUAAUAAAUUCCAAAACCCAUUUCGUCGUCCAGUAUCAACAACCAUCUUUUUGAUUGGUACUGCAGUAGCCCUUUGGUUGGGUGUUGGAGCAACAUUACCUAUUGAGAAAUCCCUAACUUUAGGUCUCUUUUAAAUUGAUUCACUUGUAAAUUAAAAUCUCAUAU